AUGGCAUCUGCCACGGGAAUUCCGCAGACUGAUCCGACUACAAUUGUCGAGCAGGAGAGCGCACCUCUGUUGGGUCGCCCUGGAGAUGCCACGCAGAGACAGGGAGAGAGCAUCGCUCGCAACCUCAUUUCAGCUUCCUCUGUCCAGCUGCUCGCGUCGUCCGGGCUGCUCCUCCAAAUUCAAGCGGCACUAAUCCUGCAACCAACUACAACCCCUCAACAAAAAUUACGCGGCACACGCGUUCACUACAGCAUUCAGCUUGUCAGCAUCAUCUGCUUCCUCGCUGCGUUCACCGUUAUUGAGGUUAACAAAGGCGACCACCCGCACUUUGCUUCCCCGCACGGCAUUCUCGGCCUGCUCACAGUCAUCUUUAUCGUGCUGCAGGCCCUCGUCGGAGUGGUCCAGUUCUUCUUGUCUGCUACUGUUCUGCGCAGCGUCGAAAACGGUAAGCGAAUCUACAAAUACCAUCGAUGGACCGGAUAUAUUCUACUCUUGCUGGAGAGUACGACUGUCGUGGCAGCGACGCGGACCAGCUACAACUUAGCAGUGAUUGGAAUCCCAACCUGGGCAGUCUUCAUCGCUCUUCUUGUCACUCUAUCGGGAAUUGGCGCCAGGGUCAAACCGCAUAAGUUGGGACUAUAA